UGCUCAGAUAAAAAAAAAAAAAAAAAAAGUGGCAUAAGUUACAUAGCUUGAAAGAUAUGACAUCUUGAAUAUAUGCAGAUCAGAUACUUUACUCAUACCAAUGGGAAACUGAAUGUCUGUACCGUUUCAGUCAUUAAAAAAUACGGGUAUAGGUGUGUAUUACCAACUUAAUAGGCAGUAUGGAACAAUGAAAGGCACAAGUGACUAAACAUUGGCAUUGGGAUUUGGGAUGUGGCCUCCAAGGCACUAAUCCUUAGUUAACUUCUUGUAGGAUGCAGGUUAUAUGCUGCCUUCUGAGCCGUAGGAAAUUGUACAACCCAUAGCUUAUUCUAACGACAUUCAGCCGAACUCAAGGAAAAACUAAAUACAAAAUAGCCCAAUUAUUGACUCAUUAUGAUGAAUAUACACAUGGAGUCUGUCCGAACAUAAGAUUAAGCAAAUCAAUACCCAAUGUAAAUGCUCGUCAAAAGGUUUUAAUGAUUUUAGAAUUUCCGAUUUUAAACUGAAAGUUUGACGAGGGACUGUGAAGGCAGCACACACCGACAGGACCUGGACAUCAGCUCAGACCUCCACAGAAAAGUCAUGCUUUGUCAUAUUGUAGGAUUUGGACAUGGCUAAACAAUACGACGUCUUGUUCAGGUUGCUUAUGCUUGGAGACUCAGGGGUUGGGAAGACUUCCAUGUUGCGCAGGUUCACGGAAAGUGAAUUUGAUUCUUCACAUAUUUCCACCAUCGGAAUUGAUUUCAAGAUGAAAACACUAGAAAUAGAUGGAGUAAAGGUGCGAGUACAGAUAUGGGACACAGCUGGUCAGGAACGUUAUCAGACCAUUACCAAACAGUACUAUAGGCGUGCACAGGGUAUCAUUUUUGUAUAUGACAUCACAAAUGAGCCGUCCUUUCAGCGUAUAGUAAAGUGGGCCGGUGAUGUGGAUGAAUUUGCCCCAACGGAGGUGAACAGAAUAUUAGUUGGAAAUAAGACUGAUGAAGAGCUAAGCAGGCAGGUGUCAAAAGAGCAAGGCAGCAAGCUAGCCAAAUCUUAUGGGAUGGACUUCUUCGAGACGAGCGCGUCCUCCGACAGUAAUAUCACUGAGUCAUUCACACGUAUAACAGAACUGGUGCUGGAGGCUCACAAAGCAGAUGUGGACAACUUGUUAGGAUCUCUGGAUGAAUAUCUUGAUAAAGCUGGUCUGGAGGAGGAGUCGGACAGGCCACGUACUGAGAACAACACUCAGAGGAUCUGUUCGUGUUAGCAUGAUGAACAUCAUCCCUGUGCCACGGAUAAAGAUAUUUUCCCCCUAUGUGACAUGGAUCAGACUCCCACUGGAAAUGACCUGUCAACAGAUGCAGUUUGCAGGAUCUACCAGCAGAGGGACAAUUUUGUUUUUCAUUACUGAACCUUGUAGGCAGCCAAGAGCAUAUCCCCCAUUUCUCAAGGAAGUUCUGUAACUAUUUGCUCUGGCAAAGCUACUGUCAUGGCACAUGCGUUUGUACUUAAUCUCUGUUUCAUGAAUUUAUUGUAUUCCACCACAUUUGCCUUUUUGUUUCUUUUUAUUUAUUUGUAUGCUAAACUUUAAAAAAAAUGCAAA